CGGACGAAAGUCUCCGUCUCUAUUCUCCGUCGAGUCGAGGCGAACUCAUCCGCUCUAGAUCGAGAUCGAGAAGCUUUCAACUCUUGGUCCCUUUUGUCGACAUGAGUCGAAGACAAGCGUUCACCGUUCGAAAACCGCCAUUCGCGAUUGGGACGGUCUCAGUUUGAAAAUCGGCUCGAGACGCGGCCCGGUUUUUAUCCCCGGUGUGAUUUUCCUCCCUCCGCGACAUCGAACGUCGUUGUGAAUCCGUGCGGAAUCACGUCCCGUCUCCAGCGUCGCCGUCCCGUGCUAAAUGGCAUCCGAGACACUGGAGGUGGACGUCUCGAACGGCGAUGACCCGCGGAAAUCCGCCUCCGCCUCCGCAACCGCGAUCAAAGUGAAACGUGAAGACACGCCGAACAAGACGGACGACAAAAUAAACAUUUCGCGUUUGAACUUUCCCGGCUUCCUCGUCGACGAGAACGACAGGAGCCAGAGCCGGGGCUGCCUCCCGAUCGGAGAGGAGUGCGAAGAGUGCGACGGCGGAGCUGAGCAGAUAAGAGAAUCUAGAAAAUGCCAAUGCCGCCCCCGGCUGGAGAGCAAACCCUCUGUCGAGGACGACAACGACUCCACCGCCCCAGAAUACGUCAAAGAAAAGGAUUUUGAACAGAUAUUUCAGAUCACAAAGAAAAACAAAGAUCGGGACAAGGUUGAGGCAGUUACGAAUAAUGAGCAUAAGACAGUGGUCGUUCCCAUGUCCAUCAAAACUGAAGUUUCUGAGUCCUAUUUCGUUCCUAACAGUUCGUUGGAAUAUCACGGCUCUUCGACCAUACCGACCAUACAAUCUAAUAACGCCGACAGUUCUACAAAUAUAACCAAUCAUACUGAAAGUUGCAACAGGAAUUCAUUAUUAACAAUUCGUACUGAUUCUAAGCGCCGGUCGAGUGUAGACUUCAGUAAUGACAAUCGUGUGAAAUUGAUUAAAACUGAACAUUUUAAACAAGAGAAUAUUAAGACUGAAGUGAAAUUCAGUGCUGAGCUUGCUCAAUGUGACAGCUCAAAAUCGUCCAAAUCCCAUAGCACAUCUGAUCAUAAAGAUUCAGAAAGAAGCAAAAGUAAACAUUCUCGGGAUAAGCAUUCUGAAAGGAAGUACACUUGCUCAAAAUGUUAUUACAGGCAAAGAUUGAAAAAAGCAAGCAUCGGUGUUCAAUGUAGAAGAGACAAAUCGCUUGGAAAAUAUAUCACCAGUGAUAGUUUGUUCAAAUUAAUGAAUCACAUCUCAAAAGAAGUAACGCUUUUUCAACCGAUGCUUGACAGCCUUAAGUAUGGACGACUGAUAAGAAUAGAAACUCACCCUAAUGGUGGAGCUUCGGUUGUUCACCUUUACCAGGAAGAAUUAAAUUCCUUAUCAUCGAGUGAAAUCAAAGAGCUUGCAAAAGAAUUUUUUAAGGUUGUUUUUGGAGAAGAUGAAAAUGGAAGCGCCCACAAUGUCAUGGGAAUAGUACACAAUGCAGCCAGUUAUCUCCCAGACCUAUUAGAUUAUAUGGCUGAUAAUUAUCCAAAUCUUACUGUAAAAAAUGGAAUACUGGGACGAAGUUCAGAUAUUGAAACAACCACCAUGAUACAAUAUAGGGAUCAAGUUUAUAAAAAUUAUGCAUAUGGGACGGUGAGGCAUGGUCCUUUGCAUCAAAUUAGCCUUGUUGGAACAGUAACUGAAGAAGUUGGUGGUUACUUCCCAGACUUGCUGUCAAAACUGGAAGAAAACAUUUUCUUAAAAAUGACAAUGCCUUGGGGGCCGUUGUCAGUCGCCCAAAUGGCAACACCAGAGGAAUCGAACGAUGGACCAAUUUUAUGGAUAAGACCUGGUGAACAGUUAGUUCCUACUGCUGACUUCAAAUCUCCAUUUAAAAGACGGAGGACUGGAAUAAACGAACUUCGAAAUCUUCAAUAUCUUCCAAGAUCAUCAGAAGCAAGAGAAUAUAUGUUUGAAGAUAGAACCCGUGCUCAUGCAGAUCAUGUUGGCCACGGUCUUGACAGAAUGACAACAGCUGCUGUGGGAAUCCUGAAAGCUGUAAAAGGAGGAGAAAAAUCCAGUUGUGCCCGAAUAACUAAAGACGUCGUUGCAUUCCAUGCUGCUGAUUUUAACGAGCUGGUUGAAAAACUUCAGCUAGACUUGCACGAACCUCCUAUUUCACAGUGUGUACAAUGGAUUGAAGAUGCCAAAUUGAACCAGCUAAGGCGUGAUGGUAUCAGAUAUGCUAGAAUAUCAUUGUGUGACGAUGAUAUAUACUUCCUUCCAAGGAAUAUCAUUCAUCAGUUUCGGACAGUUUCAGCUGUUACUAGUAUAGCAUGGCAUGUGAGAUUGGAGCAGUAUUAUCCAAAAGUUGAAAACCAGCAGCAAACAAACCUGAAGCACUCCAGAAUUGCAGCAGACGUUAACUCUAAUGUGUACAGAGAAAAAAAGUGUAGUACAAAUGCGGAAAAAUCCAAGUGUGCCACCUCGUCAUCAUCCAAUCGUCACUCUACAAGUUUAUCACACAGGGAAUCAUCACACUAUCAUAACAACUCAGAAAAUAGAAAGUCAAAAUCUCAUACUUCGGCCGGUAGUCAUCAUUCCAAAAAGACAAAAGCCGAUGUCGGAGAAUCAGACCGUGAGCGUAAAAGUAGGUCGAAGGGAAGAGAAAGUGCGUCUUUAAAGAAACACGAAGCGAGAGCAGAAAAGGGCAAAGAACAUUCGCAAAAAGACUCAAAAAAAGAGGUCUCAAGGAAAUACAGCAGUGAUUCAAAUAAAUCUCACACUGCGGCUAAGCAUAGUUACCAUAAAAUCGGUGCAAGCAAUGUAUAUACGAAAUCUGAACAUCAUAAAAGUUCAGGGACAACGCAUAAAGAUAUACAGAGCAAAGGACAAGUAGAGAAGUUAGAUGAUUUAGUUACAUCAACUGAAACCAUUGUAACCACUCAGACCUUUUUGACCACCUUACCUUCUCACACUCAUAGCAAUGAAGUAUCUAGUAUGAAUAACUAAAUAUUUCAAAUUGUAAGAGUGUCCAGCAGGUGUAAAUAGGUUUCUCAUCUAGCAUUUCUCAUUUUACAUAUUGAUACAUUUGACACAUUUAUAGCAUAAAAAAGUUUAUUUUCAUUAUGAUGAACAUUUUUUUAUAUAAAAUAUAAUUUUUGUUGAUAAAAUUUACUUACUCAAUGUAAGUAAUUGUUAUCUGUAAAAGAGCACACUGUCUUUAGUGUAUGAUAAAGUAGCAUAUCAUAAGUUUUAUUUAAUUAUUUCUUUACUUUGCUGAUAUAAUAUCAUCAAUAAAUAACUUAAAACGCAAUCAUUUUUGAAACAUUUUUGCAGGAUUUGCUAAGUUGUAAACUUUAGAGUAGUGUUAAAUGAUAAUCAUACAGUAAAUCACCAGCCGUGUCUUUCACUGAUAACAAAUCAUUGCAUAAGUAAUGUAUGUAGAUAUGUUGUUUUACAGAAAAACGUAUAUGUGCCUUCAGAAAGGUAAAUAUACCAUUGUAAAAAAGAAUUUUUUUGCAUGAGUGCAAAUGUUUAUCUAUUUUAUAUUGUAAACCUAAAUUUUUAAAAUGCAAUGUAGGUUAAAGCUGUAAAUAUUCACUUUCCAUAAAUAAAACCAAAUGAGCCUUUUCGUUAUAAUUAUCAUUAGGUAUAUACAAUUGUUUUUAUUAUUACUAUUAAUAUUUACUUUUAUUCUUUGUUUUCUAUUUACUAUUGUAUUUCUUUAUUUAAGACAUUGUAUAUCAAAUCAAUAUUUAACCAUUUUCUAGGUUUUUGGUCAAUGGUGACAAUAUUAUAUGACAGUAUUAUCAAACCUUUAACCACUUAAAUUAAGUACUCUGUUUUCUUUAAUGGUGGGAAAGUUUCACAUUUUUGGAUCUGUUUAUCAUGAGGAAGUGAUAAAACCAAAAAACGUUACUGACAUUUUUUUGAUCUCAUUGAACAGUCUUUUUGCAAUUAUAAAAUUUUUUCCCCGAGUUAUUUUCCACUUCAAUUUUUAAUUUAAGUACAGACGUUUUGCAUUUUUUAGAUGGUCUGUAAUUUUUGUGUGUGAAUAUAAUGUUCAAAUUAUGAUAAUAAUUAUUCAGAAAUUUUCACAACUCCUCGCCAGGUUUUUUUGACGAUUCAAGUAUGAUUACAGUUUAAAGUCAAUUACAGUAGACUCUCGUUAUCCAUGGUUGCCCUCCCCCUGUUGAGUUUUAUCUAUUUUAGGUUACUAAUAAUUUUUUCGUAUUUAUGAACCCUGAAAUAUGUGUAUGUAAGUUCAACUGGUAUACAUAUGGAAAAAAAUUAAUGGAAGCCUGAAAUAUGAGGUGUUCCCUAUUCUCUAUAGUACAUACCAAGCAUCACCAUGGAUAACAAGACUGCUGUAUAUCCAGAUUGAAUAUUUUAUCAUUUUAAAUUGUUAGAGAAUUAUUUUUAUAAUAAAACAACCCAUUUUUUUCUUCAGAAAGGACAAUAAAAUCUCGAAGCUCACAUAAAAAAAAAGAAUCUCAACAACUCUGUUAAAUAAUUUUCUAAGCAAUUAGAAUUUAUUUUUGGGUUAUUUUUUCAGAUGUGGUUUUUUUCCUAUGGCUACUUUUGGUAAUGCAAUAUAUGAAACAUUAAUUACUGAUUACUGAUAUAAGCUCAAAUCUGCACUCAUGUAGAGUUGAGCUUUCUCGCAGUCCAGCUGCAAUUUACAAUAAAUAACUGGCAGGAGAUUGCAAAAGUAGUUACAAUAGUAAAAUGUGACUUUAUUUAUUGUUAUUACUAUUAUUUUUAAGACCCCCAACAUUUGUUCAUUAAGAAAACAAGUACAUAUUAUAUGGUGUUUACAUUAAUUUAUUUAGAACUCUAGUCAUCAAUGAAAAUUGUUAUAUUACUAUUUAAAAGUUUAAAAAA